AUGACUGAUGAUAUAUUGCAUCAACAUCGUACAAGGUGUAACGAUCUAGCGAUAACAUUCAGCGACGAUAUGUACAAUGAAGCAUUGAUUGCUAUUGAGGAUCUUUGCAUUAUCAUUGCCAACUUACCACUCAGUCAUUUCGGUAUGAAUUCGCCAAAUCGAGGUGCAACUGAUUUAAUAAACACUGAAAUGAAUCGUGAAAUGCAGUACAACACUGUAGAAACGGCGGCGAUUGUUACUCGCAAUGUCCCACUAAUGAAUGAGGAACAAAGAAUCAUUUACGACCGCAUUAUGCUCGCAGUUUCAGCAGGACAAGGUGGGUUCUUCUUUUUAGAUGCACCAGGUAGAACUGGCAAGAUAUUCCUUAUUUCGCUCAUUCUCGCCAAAAUACGAUCCAAUAAUGGUAUCGCAUUGGCCGUUGCAUCAUCGGGCAUUGCGGCAACUUUAUUGGAUGGCGGCAGAACAGCUCAUUCAGUGACUUCAGACAAACACUUCCCGUCAUUCAGACACACACUUCCCGAUGAAAUCAACGCCUGCUUAAAAUCAUCGACAUUGUGGCGUAAUGUUGAAAUAGUACAGCUGAAAGUAAAUAUGCGCGUUCAAAAGCUUCAAGAUCCAUCCGCUGAAACAUUCUCAAAACAACUCUUAGAUAUCGGCGAUGGAAAAGUCACUAUAGCUGAAACUGGAUACAUAAAAUUAGCGAAUGAUUUCUGCACAAUCAUUGAUUCGCAAGAUGCUCUUAUUGAACAAAUCUCGAGUGGCUUGCAGAAAGAGCAAUGUUAG